CAAGGUCGAUCCUUGGCAGCUCCUUUAUCUGUUAUCACUCCCCAAGUGCGCCGACCACGCGGGCGUUACGUACUGCAUGCGAGUCUGGGCGACGGUUUCGCUGACCACUAUAACGUUCGAGGCUUAUUUUGCGUUUACAGAAGCGCGGAUUCAGCCCGUCGGCCCAUAAACUGUCGGAGCGAUCGUUUUUGAUAUUUUCUGAACAUAUUUGUGGUGCGGUCUUAGCGAAAACAAAAAGCGUGACCUGCGUCUUGACGUGUGGAGCCAGCGUUGGAGGAGCCACAAAACUCAAAAUACACAACGAGCAAUGUCAUUCUCUGCGUUAAGAGCCCCACACGUGAGCACCAUUGCUCUGGCAGCUGCAGCAGCAAGUGGCAUAGCUGCAGCUGCAACUUUUCUUUUGCUGAGGCACAGGGCUGUCAGCAAGAAUAACUUAGUGCCCGUGGGGCGUGUGGCCAAUAUCUUCAUCUACCCAAUCAAGGCAAUUGCUGGGAUAGAGGUGCCCUAUGCAGAUUGCAUAGUGACUGGUCCAGUCUACGAGGGACUCAGAGACAGGUUUAUGUUGAUUGUGAAAGGAGACAACUUUAUUUCAAUGCGUGAGGAGCCCCGCCUUGGCCUGAUCAAGACGAGUUUUGAAAAUGGCAAAUUGACACUGAUGGCUGAUGGUCACCCACCACUUGUCAUCGAUGUCUGUGACCCGGAUGAACUAAGCAAGCCUUCUUUUACUGUCAGAAUGCGGAAAUUCAGCUACAAUGCUGUGGAGGUGUCUGAAGAAGCAUCAAAGUGGUUGGGGGAGUACCUCCAGAAAGAUGAUAUUCGCCUUGUGAGAAUAAUUCUUGACCAAGAAGCACUUGACCGAGGAAGGAAUUGCCCAAUAUCAUUGGUCUGUCAUGAUGAAUCGGCAUUUCAUGUGCUGUCCAAAGGUUCACUUGAUGACUUAUUGUCGAGGCUUCCUCCAGGCAGCAACAUUGGGCGGAAAAAUUUUCGACCUGCCCUCUUUAUUGAUGAAUGUGAAGCUUAUGCAGAGGACCAUUGGGGCCGCAUGAGGAUUGGUGAUGCAGAAAUGGCCUUAUCACAUCGCACCACAAGGUGCCUUGUUACAACUGUUGAUCAAGAUGCCGGCGUCAGGACUGACAAGGAGCCCUUGGUCACAUUGCGGAAGUACAGAGUGGACAAGUCACCUAAAGGCAUUAAAAAGUAUGAGCAUCAGCCCCUGUUUGGUAUCAGCACCUAUCACAUCAAAGAUGGCAGGGUUAAGGUUGGAGACACAGUAUACGCAGUGGUAUCACCAGAGCCUCUUCUGUGAGAAUGCAGUUCUAUAAGCCAGCACUGCGGUGUGUGUGAUUUUCCCUGCUGAUUUUAAAUGCUAUAGUAGCUUCUUUAGUUUAGGGGUGUCAUGCGCUUAUUUGAAACCUUCUGACAUGAAAUCAUGGAUGCUUGCUUAUCAGUGUGACUUUGUUAUGGUGUUAAUAGUGCCUAGUAUUGUUCAUUAAUGGAAUUGCUGGUGUUUAUUUACAAUGGUGAUGUUGUUAUUACUUUUGUUGGUACUAUAUUUAUGGUUUGCUUCUGAGUCUCGAGUUGCAAUUGGUCUUUGUAGUGCUGUCAUUAAAUGCAUUUUAACAUGGCA